UUUGUUUGAAGUUUGAGCAAACAAUCAUCUAGGUAAUGUAAGAUCUCGCAUAAUAAUAAUUAAUUGUACAGUGGGUGGGUUAGUUGUUUGGAAGCAGGAUAUAGGUAGGUAGAUGCAGAUCUGUCUCCUCCGUUUGAUAGUUUCGUUAGACGGCCCGUCCGUCUCCCAGCUGCGGAUAACAUCUAUCUGAAACUCGUCUUCAUACUUUUUGUGCAGUGGUAGCAGCCUCCAGGGGUACUAUGGUUAUCUAAUCGGCAAUGGAUCGCCAAGCUAGUGCGCGAAUCGACCUGGAGUGUAUGCUGUUGGAUGAAACCAAAGAGCCGAGGGCUCUGCCGCUGCCACUCCUUGAAGAGAUCACAAAGAGUUUCUCCGCUGACCAUGAAAUUGGACGUGGCGGAUUCGCGGUGGUUUAUCAGGGAAUCCUUGACAAUGGCAUGGUCGCUGUGAAGAAGCUGUCCAACACGUAUUUGUAUGAGAAUAAAUUCCAGACGGAGAUUCAAUGUCUGAUGAAGGUGAAGCACAGAAAUGUUGUACGAUUUUUAGGAUAUUGCUGCGACACACAAGGGCAAGUAGCCACGCAUGAAGGAAAUUUUGUCAUGGCUGACAUACAAGAAAGAUUACUCUGCUUUGAGUUUCUAUCCAAGGGGGAUCUUUCUAACUAUAUCUCCGAUGCGUCCAGUGGACUUGAAUGGCGAGAUCGCUACAAAAUAAUAAAAGGAAUCUGCGAAGGAUUGAAUUACCUUCACAGAAAUGGUAUUGUUCACCUUGAUCUUAAGCCGGCAAAUAUCCUCAUGGAUGCUAAAAUGGUGCCAAAAAUUGGCGACUUUGGUCUAUCGAGGUGCUUUCAGGAAGAGCAAACCCGCACUAUUGCUACAACAUUUGCUGGAAGCCUUGGAUAUCUAGCACCAGAAUUCAGCGACCGCAUAGUUACACAUAAAUAUGAUUUGUACAGUCUUGGAGUAAUAAUCACGGAGAUACUCACCGGAGAAAAAGGUUAUAGUGAUGUUGAGGAAGUACUUGAAAGUUGGAGCAAUAGGUUGGAGAAAUCACAGAGACAACAAGUAAGAGUAUGCACUGAGAUAGCAUUACAGUGCACUGAACGCAAUCCUAAGAGAAGGCCAACUAGUACACAAUAUGUAAUUGAUAGGCUUACUGAAACAGAAAGCGCGGGAACAAUGGAGCUACUUGACGUCUACCUUGUCGAGCUUCGCUUCCCUGUUGAACCAAACACAGAUGAACACACAUUAUUCAGGCUUAUGAAGAAGAGCACCAAGCCUUGGCGUUGCUUCGCAAGUCUCCCACUAUAUGGCAUUGUGCCUCCCAAGUCCUCUACUUACACUCUCGUUGUUACAGCGCAACAGCAAGAGAGGCUACCAGAAGAAACGGACUACGAUCUAAUCCUGCAGAGCAGUCUGUCAGGGGAUAAAAGCAACCCUACUUUGAGAGACCAAUCUAAGUAUGACAAGUUUUUCGACGAAGCUAAAGAUUCAGGGAAUGCAGUGCAUGAGGUGAUGUUGAAAACUGUUUUUGCUUCGCAAGGGCCGACAACAUCAGAGCCGACAAUCUCAAGAAGACUAAAGGAUCAAUGGAUCAUAUCCCUGAAGAAUACUCAUGGCAUGCUGUGCUCCCUUGAUGCACAGCCCACCGAGCCAUGCAUUGUAACAAGUCAUCAGCACGGAGAUGUUUGCAUAUGGAACUAUGACCCGCAGAGACGGACGGAUUCAUUUAAUGUCUCAAAGGAGUCAAUCAUGCCUUCUUACUCAUUGUCGAAUAAAGUUCAUUCUGUUAAGGUUAUCUCAAGAAAGAAAUGGUUUGUGGCUGGGACAUCUGAUGGUGUGAUCCAUGUGUACAAUUAUGACAACAAAAUACAAAAACUCAGGAGUUUCAGAGCCGCCAGUGAUUGCUUCAUCACAUCAAUGGCCAUCCAUCCAACCCGUCCAUAUGUAUUGUCAUCGGCUCAUCGUGGUAUGAAGCUCUGGGACUGGGACAACGGCUGGGAGUGCACACAAUCAUUCGUGCAGGAACAUUCUGAUACGAUACAGCAAGUCGCAUUUAACCCAGUGGACUCCAAUAUGUUUGCAAGUACUUCAGAUGAUCACACAGUAAAGGUUUGGAGCAUCGAUUCUCCCGAAUCAAAAUAUACUUUGUCUGGGCAUCAGGACAAAGUGAACUGUCUCAAUUUCUUCACAUGUAAUGAUCGACAAUAUUUGAUUACUGGCUCUGAUGACCACACAGCUAAGAUAUGGGACAUGGAGGAAAAGGCUUGUGUUCAUACGAUGCAAGCUUUCGUGUCUCCAGUAAUUUCUGUCAUGGCCUUUCCCGAUAGCUCAUAUCUAAUUACAGGUUCAAGUGAUGGCUCUGUUCAUUUCUGGAGCUCCAGUGAAUUCAGUGAUAUCUGCAUGGUACCUAGGCUGGAGAGAAUCGUUAACUUUGGCUCUGGUGGAGCUAUUUGGGGUCUCGGAUGUUUCAUGGGGUCAAGAAGGAUUGUGAUCGGGCAAGAGUACGCAGUGUCAAUCAUGGCCAUUGACAAUGAAGAAGAGAGCAAUGAAAAGUCCAUAUGACUGGCGUAUGAGGAAAUGGACAACUUUCAGGCGAACUGAGGUCAAUCGACGACUUCUUAGCAGAUGCACGUUUAUGAAGUGAACUCUGGUUUAUAUAUUUGAUUUGGCACUAAAUUUUAGUAUUUGGCACGCAUCAGGGGUUACGUUUUGGUGAACCGUAUGUCAACAUGUACUGCAGAUUUAUUCGGGGAUAAUUUUGCUUUCUGUUCAGGGGAGGUGCUGACUCUGCCCACUGUCUGAUAAAAUAGCACUUUUAAGGUGUUUCCA